CCCGGUUUCGCCAUCGGCCACGGUGGGGAGGACGAAACGAGCGGGAGGGAGCAAGAGGGAGGUUGGGGGUGAGAGAGAGAGAGAGAGAGAGAGAGCAGAAGCGGAGAAAGUGGGUCCGAGCACCUCCCACCCAGUCCCCCUCCCUCUCUCCCGAAGCAUCGUCUCUCUCGGCUCUGUCUCUUUUUUGGCUCUCUCUCGAGUCUCGAUCCCUGCCUCUAGGGUUUUUCUCUCGCCUGAUCACGAGCGAAAGCGGAAGCGAAGGAAGGGGAGGGUAUCUUCUUCUAGGUAUAGGCAGAGGCAUAGACAUGACUGCUUCUUCCGGUUCGACCGGGGGGAAGGGGAGUGGCCCGCGGUACGCUCCCUCAGACCCCACCCUUCCGAAGCCGUGGAGGGCUCUCGUCGACGGAAGCACCGGCUACCUCUAUUACUGGAAUCCGGAAACCAAGGUCACUCAGUACGAGCGCCCUGUCGCCGAGCAACCACCACCCACGGACCCAAAGCUUAUCUCUCCCACCUCUCGCCCUCGAGAUGAAGGAGACGACCCCCUUCCCAAGGCCGAUUACCAUUCAGAAGUUAAAGGUGGCGGUUCACAUUCGAGAAGUGAUCCACCGAAUUUUGGUGAGGGAUCAUACAGUUGUGGGCUAAAUGCACAAAAUCCAAAAGUUUCUUCCCGAGUACAUGGAUCAAUUGAUAUGGGGAGUGCUUCUGCAGAAUCCUAUCGUCGCCAGCAUGAAAUUACUGUGAUUGGUGAUGAAGUACCAACUCCCUUUAGAACAUUUGAGUCUACUGGUUUUCCUUUGGAGAUUCUUAGACUGGUAAACCAAGCAGGCUUCACUGCACCUACACCAAUUCAAGCUCAGUCAUGGCCGAUUGCUUUAAAAGGUCGAGAUAUUGUGGCUAUUGCAAAGACUGGGUCAGGGAAAACCUUGGGUUAUCUUUUUUCUGGAUUCAUUCAUCUUAAACGUCUUAACAAUGAAGCUAGAAAGGGGCCAACAGUAUUGGUUCUAGCACCAACGCGGGAGCUAGCGACACAGAUACAAGAUGAAGCAGUCAAGUUUGGAAAAUCAUCAAGAAUAUCAUCUGUGUGCUUAUAUGGAGGUGCCCCCAAAGGUCCUCAAUUGAGGGAUUUGGACCGAGGUGCAGACAUUGUUGUUGCAACUCCUGGACGGUUAAAUGACUUCCUGGAAAUGAGAAGAGUAUACCUCCAUCAGGUUUCCUAUUUGGUCCUUGAUGAGGCUGAUCGCAUGCUAGAUAUGGGUUUCGAGCCGCAGAUAAGAAAAAUUGUGAAACAGGUACCGCCUCGUCGCCAGACUCUCAUGUUCACUGCCACAUGGCCAAAGGAAGUAAGGAAAAUUGCUUCAGAUUUACUAGUUAGGCCAAUCCAGGUUAACAUCGGCAACACUGACGAGCUGGUUGCAAAUAAAGCUAUCACUCAGCAUGUGGAAGUUAUUUCUUCUAUGGAGAAAAAUAGACGGCUAGAACAGAUUUUGCGCUCACAAGAGCCUGGUUCAAAAAUCAUAAUAUUUUGCUCUACUAAGAGGAUGUGUGAUCAGCUUGCUAGGAACCUUACUCAAAAGUAUGGUGCUGCUGCUAUACAUGGUGACAAAUCCCAGACUGAGAGGGAUUCUGUCUUGAGCCAAUUCCGCACUGGAAAAUCUCCUGUACUGGUAGCCACUGAUGUUGCUGCUCGCGGCUUGGACAUAAAAGACAUCAGGGUUGUAAUCAAUUAUGACUUCCCCACUGGUGUGGAGGACUACAUUCACAGAAUUGGGAGAACAGGUAGGGCAGGUGCUACUGGAAUUGCCUAUACUUUCUUCUGUGACAAGGACUCAAAAUAUGCAUCGGAUCUUGUAAAAGUACUGGAAGGGGCAGACCAGCGAGUUCCUUCACAGCUACGGGAUAUGGUUCAGCGCGGCGGAUAUGGUACUAAAUUUCGCCGCUGGGAAUCUAGUACUACCAGUCAGGACUACUCAUAUGGUUGCAGCGGUGGUGAAUCUUACUCAGGUUCUGGUGGAAGAGAUAUUGCUGGGCAAUAUUGUGAUAGAUCUGACAAUGCUCCUAGUGGUGGAAAUUUGGGUGGGGGGAGCUUUCAUGAGAGGUUUUAUGGGAGUAGCCAACGGGAUGAUGCUUGUCAUGAUUCGAGGAGCCCAAACACGGGGCAUGGUGAUGGCUGGGGCAGAAGAAGUCCGAGCCCUCCCAGGAGGAGCCCCAACCGUAGCAACAGUGACAGGGAUGAGUACAGCGAGGCUGGACCAAUCCAGAGGCAGUGGGCAUCUGCUCCAGAUCAUAACACCAAUGUUUGGGAGAAAGAAGACGAAGGCGUGAUCUUUACUUAAUGCUAACCCUUUACUUUUUGGGCAUCUCAGGUGCCAUUUUGUUAUGAUGAACUUUGGGGGCCUAAUCUUUUGUUACUUAUACUACUACAUAUAUAGGAUGCCGAUAUAAUGCUCAGGCAGCGUAUUUUCUCUUGGUGCUGCCUUCUGGAAUUCUUAUGUUCAUAUGGAGCGUUUAAGGUUUUCUGUUUUGUAGAAAACAGUUACUUCAUUUAGCAGAACCAUCUGAGCACAAUCAGCUGUAGUUCAAACUGCUGCGCUUUCUAGUUAGUUCUGUGCCAGAUUUUCAGUAGAUUUAGCAUAAGGUUCAUGUUGUA